AUCAAAGCCGAAAAAUGUUUAUCUUGCGUAGGAAAUGCCCAUAAAUAGAGCUGAAUUAUUCGUUUCAUGGAUGCUUUGUAAUUUUAUAAUUUAGUUCUAAAAUGGGCCACAGCUCGGCGAUCCUUCACCAUGACAGCUGACGUUGUGGAGGACCAACCCCCGGCGGUCGACGUCGACCCACCGUCUCCCUUAUUUCCCAGCUAUUUUCCCAUAUUCCAGGUGGUAACGCAGGCCUCGACGCACCUGUCACAAUUUCGCCGGUGGUGAGUGUGUGGCGCGCUCGAGUCGUCCGAAAAUUUCAGUUACUCGCACACAGCUAAGCCACGAGGCGGUCAAAAGUAUAUAGCCCCGAUAAAUAUUUACGCAUAUAGCGAGAUAUUCCCGAGUCCGAUCCCCGGUUCCGAUGAAGACCCGUCAGUUGCCGCUAACGACAAGGACGACGACGACGACGACGACUGCCUCGUUCCGGGCCAAGCAGCGGGAUGUGGGCGAUCGGCUGGGCGGUGGGAUGCCCUGCGAGCGGGAACUGAAGCACGAGGCCGCCAAGCGGGAACGGGAGGAGCAGCUGAAGCGGGAGCGGGCCACGGCGGCGGUGGCGGCGGCAGCACGCCGCGUGCGACAGCGGAUGAGCGCGGACAGGGAUGUCGUCAAGCGGAGGACACCGCUGCCCAGGGAGCGACAGCAGGCGGCGGCAGCAGCCAUCGGCAGAGCAUACCAGCCCUCAGUAGCAUCAUGUGUUGCUGCAGCCGCAGGAUCGCGAGUUGUUGGAGCCCGCACAGGAAAAGGACCGAAAAAAGCAACACUUGCAACUAUAACAGAGGAGCAGCUGGAUCAGGAUCGGAAUAAGGAUCAGACCCGGAGGAAGGACCAGAACAAUGUCUACGAUGCCUACGAUGCCAAGGCGGAGCAGCUGAAGAAUCAGCUCGAGGAGCUGGCCGCGUUGUCGGAGCACGAGUUCGAGCCGAAAUUCCGUCAGUGGCUGGACCAGGAGGGCAUUGCCCGGGAAUUGCACUCGCACCUGCGGGUGGAACUCAUCCACUGCUUCAAUAACACGGCUCUAGGUCAACUGCUGAGCAAGGCUGCCGGUGUCCAGAUGGCCCAUUCGCACUCACUGCUCCUCUCGCCGCUGGCGAUGAUGCUGCACACCCUGGUGGCGGAGUUCCUGCACUCGCAGAACUGCCACUUCACCUUGUCGGUCUUUUGCAGCGAGACGCAGCAUCGUGGCAAGUUGCCGGACUUCAGAAGUCGCCCGGAGUUCCGUUUCCGGCCGGACGAACUGCAGCAGGUGCUGAGCGACAUUCUUGGUGGUAAGGAUGCGCCACCAGAUCCGGAACUUGGCCAGUUAGUGGCGGACCACUACGAGGAGGAUCUGGCUGGACAGACGCAGUGUUUGCUGAUGGCUCUACUGCGAUCGCUGGUGGAGAUCAGGAGGUCCUUGCCCGGCUCAGUUCAAAAGGAGGCAAAUACUCCACCCACUGGAGUAUCCCUGCGCGAUUCCACCAGUCAAACGGAGCCGUCCGCCUGCCUGGAAGCCCGUCCCGAGGUGGACACCAGUGGCCUCUACCAGACGGAGGAGCACGAGCUGGUCCUGGGCGCCGAUGGCCGGAGUGUCUUUGUGGGCGCCCGCGUCUCACAGUCCCUGCACUCCGUGGAGCAGCAGCUGAGUCAGCUGCUGAAGAAUGUCCGCCAGCUGGCCAAAUCCUGUGCCCCGCCCGUCGAUGUGAUAUCCUCAUCGCGAUUCGAGGAACUGCUGAAGAGGGAGAUACGCGAAAGGGAGCGGCUCACGAAGGCGGGGCAAAGCUUUAAUCCGGGCGAAACGGUCACCAAACUGCCCCCCUAUGACUCGAAUAGGGAUAAGCCUGUGGCAAAGAAGAAUAGCCCGGUCGAUGAUGUGGUCUACACCGAAUCGGGGCCCAUUAAGCUGCCCGUUCAGGAAGUGGAGGUUCCCCGCCUGCCGCGCCUUCAUCCGGAGCAGCUGGCCAGUUUGGCCAUAAUCCGGCAAUCGCUCGAAAAGGUGCAGAGAAAGGCCAGCCAGCCGCUGGGCAGGAUGUACGUGUCCGUGGAGCGCAUGGAGAAUCUCGUGAGCGACGUCUGUGGCUGUGUCCAGCUGCUGGGCAAUGUGCUCAAUCUGUCCAUGGAACAGGAGUACGCCAUCGGCUUGCACAAGGGCUUCGACGCCGGCUAUCGCGAGGGCUUUGGCCAUGGCCACUUUAUGGGUCUGCAGGAGGGUCGACAGAAGGAGAAGCUUGAGAGGACGAAGCUGGAACAACCGCCGCCGGAGAAGAGGGAGUGCUCCGUCCAGGUGAAGAUCCAGAGGACAAGUAGGUCCACUCAAACCCCCACAAAGUUGACUUCCAAAACGAAUGCGCCCACCCAAACGGAUAAGAAGCACAUACAUAAUGCAUGGGUUCAAGCGGACCUGCAGACGGAAACGCCGCGAAAAUCCUACGAACAGUGGAUCUACGAAAUGCUGCACAGCUCCAGUGGCCAGGUGUUCCUUGAACGGGUGGAGCUGUCCCUGGGCAAGGCCAUGGAGCUGCAGAAGGAGCGACUGGACGAGCUCUACCAGGUGAAGUUGCGCCACCAGGCCGAAAUGUUGCGGCUCAGCAGGCGGCAGAACUCCUGGCGGUCGCUGUGCAAACGCGUGGAACGUGACUCGCAAUCGUCGGUGGAGGCGCGGGAUCUAGUCCAGAAGAUAUUCCGGCUGCUGGAGCACUACGAAUCGCAUCACCACCAGCUGGCUGAGAAGAUCCAGCAGACGGAGAUCGCGGCGGAGCAGGCUGCUCGCAUUCUGCCCAUGUGGACGGAGGGCUCCGUGAAGGGAACCGCUCCCUGCAACUGGAAUUCCGCCAUGUCGUCCUCUUCUACUUCCACUGGGAUCUGCGCCCCAGCUCCAGCCCAAAUUGAAGAUGAAGCCACUGCAGGAGUAGGGGAUAAGCCACAAGUGAACAAGACACAAGUGAAUAAGUCCCAACUGGCUGAGCCCCAAAGGGAUAGCUCCCAGUUGGCACAUCCAUAUCCUGGUCUAGGAUAUCCCUGUCAAUUGCUGGCCCUGGCUCCAACUGGUGGAAUUCCAGUUGCAGGCACCUUUCUGCCCGUGAUUCCUCGACUUUCUGGCAGUCUCCCACAGGAUUCUGGUCGUAAUCUCCCGCACGCGAUCACUUCCACAACGAAUAUUGCUCCAACGACUGUAAACAGAUCUGUGUCUAAUAGUAAAAUUCGUGCAGGAGCUACCGACGGUUAUCCAAUUCACAGCGUUACUAAUGCUCAAGCUGACAAAGUGUCCAUUUCCCGACAUUAUACUGUUUCCCAUGAUCCACUGCCUCCAGAAAAUAAUCCCAGAGACCCUGCAGUGCCUAUUCCUCGGGAUUCUGCCUCCAACAUGCUUUCAGUUCAGCCAGCUGAAGAAACCACACUUGCACCAGGACCUACUCCUGCUGAUCCUCCUCCUCCCAAUUUUUCGAAGCCUUCAACACAUUCUGUGGCCACCAAUACGAUGGCACUGCAGCCACUACAAUUGACACCACUAAAACCAUCUGCCAAGCCAUCCAUCCAAGGGCCCAGCUUCGAGGAAGCUUUACUAAGUGCCAAAAACCGAAUGCUGCAGCUGGAGCAGGAAAGUGAACUGCUGGAGCAGAGCUUCCUCAACUACUUGGAGAAGACCAAAACAUCGAAGCCGUCGGCUCCAAAGUCCACGGAGGAUCCGCCGAAGAGUCGGCGCAUCCGAUUCGCUAACCUGCGGGAACGUGACCAAAUGAAUAGCAAGCUGGACAAUUUUCAGGAUUGGCAUCGACGCGUUCGCAAAGAGGAUGCAGUUAGUCUGGCCCAACUGGAGGAUCUGCAACAUCAGCGAACUAUUCCCGGCUCCGUGCUGGACUCCAAGGCGUCCUCGCCGCUGUGGCUAUCGGAGCUGGAGGAGGCUCACGAACAGGACAGCUAUCCCUUCACAAAUGCCAUCUCUGAGGCGAGGACAAAGCUGCUGGGCGAGAUUAUGCCGGCUGGAAGGGCGAAGGAGGCGAAGGAAGCGAAGAAGGCGAAGAAGGCGGAGCAGGAGUGUCUGGCCACUGGUGUGCCAUUGACAAUUCCAGAAGUCCUCAAUCCCAGCAGGCCACCGGCACUGGAACGCCUGCCAAUCGAUAUCAAGCCUUCGCGAAGCGGCAGCAAUGCCGAGAUGAGCCUGCUCCUGCGUCGGGCCAAAGGAGCCCUGGGUCUGAGGGCCCCGCAUCCGCUCCUGGACACCAGCAGCAGCAGCAGCAGUAGCAGCAGUUCCAGCCGGGAACAGCCCUCGCCGAGCUCUAAGCUGCUGCAAUCCAUGGCCAAGAUGCAGUUGCUCUUCGGAGGAGGGCAGCCAGUGAAACCAGCCGUUAUUCCUAUUCCAACCAAGCGCUCCACGAGACCGCUGAGUGCACCCACCCACCCAGGAUCGGGCAUGGUGGUGGAUGUGGGGCUGUCACGACGACCCCACACGGCGCCCACUCUACACCCAAUCAGCGAAAAGAAGGAGCCACCCGUUCUCGGUCUGGACAUUUCCACAUCGUCCAGCUCCUCGCUGAGCACUUUGCCCGGAAGAUCGCCGGGCGAAGCUUUCCAGGAUCUGGUCACGGGCGCCGUUGUAUCGGGCCAUCACUCACAGUGCAGUCCGAAGGUCUCCUACAGCCAGGACUUCUGGAAGCGCAUGAAUCUGUGAAAUAGUUAACGAAAUAACUCAAUAAAUAUGUUUAAA